AACACGAGCGCGGCUCGCCGGCGGCGCCUCCUCCCUCCGCGCUGCGGCGGCGCCCGGGCGGGCGAGCGCACUGAGAGCGGAGGGGAGGGAGCGGCCCCCGCUCGGCUGUAGGCGGGGGGAUAGCCGGGAGGCAGUAACAUGGCGCCGCCGCUCCUCACCACGGCAGCCCCCUCCCCCACCGCGGCCUGCGGCUCCCGCCGACCCUAGAGCCGGGGCGGGGCGGCCCGGCCGGCGCCGCGGAGACCGCUACCCGCCUGGAGGAAAUUGAAAAAAUAACAGUUCCAGUCCCUGCAGUUCACUGCCAUGAAAAGGAGGACAUGAUAGUUUGCCCUAUGAAACAGGUUUAUAUGUGAAAUCUGGCAGGUAGCACAACGACCUGUGGAAUAUGAGUGAUGACAAACCCUUUUUAUGCACUGCCCCUGGAUGUGGCCAGCGUUUUACCAAUGAGGAUCAUUUGGCUGUCCAUAAACAUAAACAUGAGAUGACACUGAAAUUUGGUCCGGCUCGUAAUGAUAGUGUCAUUGUGGCUGAUCAGACACCAACACCAACUCGAUUCUUGAAGAACUGUGAAGAAGUGGGCUUAUUCAAUGAAUUAGCAAGUCCUUUUGAAAAUGAAUUUAAAAAGGCUUCUGAAGAUGACAUCAAGAAAAUGCCUCUAGAUCUGUCUCCUCUUGCAACACCAAUUAUAAGAAAUAAGAUUGAAGAACCUUCUGUUGUAGAGACGACUCAUCAAGAUAGUCCUUUACCUCAUCCAGAGUCUACUACCAAUGAUGAAAAGGAGGUGUCACUGCAGCAGACCGCACAGCCUACAUCAACAAUAGUUCGUCCAGCAUCGCUGCAGGUUCCUAACGUACUACUUACGAGUUCUGACUCAAGUGUUAUUAUUCAACAGGCAAUACCAUCACCAACAUCUAGUACUGUUAUUACCCAGGCUCCAUCCUCUAACAGACCAAUAGUUCCAGUUCCAGGUCCUUUUCCUCUGCUGUUACAUCUUCCUAAUGGACAAACCAUGCCUGUUGCUAUUCCUGCAUCUAUCACAAAUUCUAAUGUGCAUGUCCCUGCUGCAGUUCCACUUGUUAGACCUGUCACCAUGGUGCCUAGUAUCCCAGGAAUCCCAGGGCCUUCCUCCCCACAGCCAGUGCAGUCUGAGGCUAAAUUGAGAUUGAAAGCAGCCUUGACCCAGCAGCACCCUCAGGUAACAAAUGGAGAUACUGCCAAGGGACAUUCAAGUGGGUUGGUUAGGACUCAGUCAGAGGAACCACGACCACAAUCACUACAACAACCUGCAACUUCAACGACUGAAACACCGGCAUCACCAGCUCAGCCUACACCACAAACACCAAAUACAGGUGGUCGGCGAAGAAGAGCUGCCAAUGAAGACCCUGAUGAGAAGAGAAGAAAGUUUCUGGAGCGAAACCGGGCGGCAGCUUCCAGAUGCCGACAGAAACGGAAAGUCUGGGUGCAGUCAUUGGAGAAAAAAGCUGAGGACCUAAGCUCACUAAAUGGCCAGUUACAGAAUGAAGUCACCCUGCUGAGAAAUGAAGUGGCACAGCUGAAACAGCUUCUUCUGGCUCAUAAAGAUUGCCCUGUAACCGCCAUGCAGAAGAAAUCUGGCUAUCAUACUGCAGAUAAAGAUGACAGCUCGGAAGACAUAUCAGUGCCAAGCAGUCCACACACGGAAGCUAUUCAGCACAGUUCAGUCAGCACUUCCAACGGCGUGAGCUCGACUUCCAAGGCAGAAGCGGUGGCCACUUCCGUCCUGACGCAGCUGGCCGACCAGAGCACAGAGCCCGUGCUCUCUCAGAUUGUCAUGGCACCUCCCUCCCAGGCGCAGCCUUCAGGAAGUUGAUUAAAAACUUGCAUUGCAGCAGUUUCUUAGAUACACAUUUGUGACUUUAAAGGGAAACCAACAAAAGACCAGUCUCCAUCUAGGAGAAAUUGUAGCUUAAAAAUUACUCAUUUUUAAAAAUCCAACUUAAAUUUGGCUUUAACAAUUGGCAGGUGAAGGUGAGACAGAACACCAGUUCUGGUCUCUUUGCAAAAGACUUUUCUUUUUUUAAGUAUUAGUUUUACUAGUUAUUUUUGUGCUUAAUGUGUAAAGUGUGUGUACAGUACAAUGUGGUUUUUCGUUCUUAAUUUGGUAUUAUUUCAACAAACAUUGGGGUGAAUUACGAAAGGUCAUCCCCAAGACUGUGAUAGUAAUAUUAUGUGACAUUUUUAUACCAAAGUUCUGCAUAGUCCCUAUUGACUUUGUAACGUCAGCAAGGUCAUAAAGCACUAGGCAAGAGAAAGACAGUAACAGUAAAUUUGCUUUUAGUCUUUUUGCCUUUUUGUUGUUUUGCACAUUACGAGAGGGAGAACAUUGGGAGAAAAAUGUUUGGGUUGUUUUAUGUAUAGCAUUUUGGGUGGCUUUUUAACUGUUGGGGUUGUUCAUUUGUUUAAUAGGGCCAGUACAGUAUACGAGAUACAGAACUCUUAUGCACAUAACCUGUCCUAAAUGAGGAUCAUUACUAAAUAGAUUUGAUUUUUUUAUUAUUAUUUUUUAAUGGUGUCAGGUAGGAUUUUUUUUGUCCCCUCCAACACUUUCAUUUAGGGGGGAGGAGAGCUUUAUUUCUCCGGUCAGAACAGAUCUCCAUAAGUACCCUUUGUUGCUAGUCUGAAACCAGUAAGCAUAUUGUAAAAUACAGGGUUAUCAAAUAUGGAAUACUUAGUAUUCUAAAGUAGGUUGAUAUUUUAUGGAUUUUUGAGUCACAGACUGAGGAGUUUACUCAUGGUUCUGGGUGCCAGAAGAGCCUAAAAUCCUUCAGACAAGUCAAGACUUUUUUUUGUCAUUGUCUUGUAUUUGCAAGCUAACUUGUACUUAAUUCUCGUGUAAGCACUGUCAUCUUUUAGUAGCAAAAAUUUUGAUACCUUUCUUGUGGGGGAAAAAAAAUAAUCAGUAUCUACCGUAUCUUGGAAACAAUGUAAUUAUGAUGUGGUGUGUGUGGUGUGUGCGUGAGAAUGGUUCCGUAGUUAAUGCCAGCAGUCUUUUGCUUGAAUGUUUAAAGAUGCCUUCAAUGUGAUGCUGGCUGAUAGGUGAUUGCAGUUUUAAAAUGUUAUUUACUGUGCUGCGAACUUGGAUAACUAACAUUCCAUGAUGUAGUUUGUUUCUGAUGAGAUGAUUGUAGGUACACUUUUUCUCAUUAUCCAAUCAUCUGUAGGAUAUUGAGUUUUUUAAAUGUGCCAUUAUCUAUUUUGAUUCUGUACUCAUGUUCAAAAUACAGUACAAUAUUUUACAAUAGAUUAAGUUGUUUAAAAAAAAGUAGAUGUGUGCUUUCAGGUCAGAAAACUCUGUAUAAUAGCAAAACCAGAUGCAUAGUAGCAACUGGCAGUAAAGCAGGAUUCCAUUAUGUAUAUAACAAAGAUUUAAUGCAUUUAUAAUGGGUUGUGUAGUUCAUUUGCUCUUCCUUCUCCACAUUAUACUAUGUGUUUUAAAGUGUCGGUGCCAUCAAGUUUCAAUUUGAUUCAGUUUUAAAUCUAAAACUGUAAUUGAUCCACAGGAAAAUCAUAAUUCUCCAGUAUAUAUACAACCACGCUAUAAUGAAAACUGGACAAAGAAGUAUCUAAGUCAUAUAUGUAUCAUUGCAGAACUUUAAGCAUGAAAAUAAUAAGGAUCCUAAAUAUUUUGUAUUUUAAAAUUAAGAAAGUUGCGUUGGUAACCUCACGUGUUUAACGGUCUUACUUUCCCAAUUUCAAGACAAAAACCUGUAACAGUUAUUGAACGUUUCCAGCAUGGUGAAAUACAGUGGACCUCUUGUGAGAAGGAAAUUAAUUGCAAAGGCACAAAAUGUGAAUUCUGCAAGAAAGCUAUACAGUCACUUUUCAUUGUAGUUUUGGUGGACUAGAGAAGGCCUCAUUGAUUAUACUAUAAUUUGUUCUCCUAAACACAAAGGCUUUUAAAUCAUAUUUAUGUAAGUGGAGUUUUUUUAUAACAAAACUGUCGCGCUUGUAAAAUAAGUCUACAUAAGUGUAUAGGAGACGUGUAAACAGUUAAUGAAUUUAACAGUGGGGCUGGAAAAAGAACCAUUAAAAUCUGUGUUCGACAAAUAGAGAGAAGUUAUUAGUUGUACUACCACGGAUACGUUUCGAGACGUAUUUCACACUACUUCUGUACUUAGCAUUUGGGGUCUUUACAUUUGACAUGUUUCACAAACUGUACUGUUUUCUUUUAUGUGCAGUUUGCAUGAGUAAAUCAUCAAAGAGAAUAAAAUCUAUCUUUAAGUUAUGCUCCUAUUUUAAUGAAAUUAUAAUUGUUCUAAAAGGCAGUGCUGUCUUCAGACCUAUUUCUUCAUCCUUGCAAUUAUCAGCAUUUCUCUGAAAGUCAUUACUGUAAUGUGAAAGUCAUGUCAUGUAAAUAAGAACACACACGUUUCUUUAAAAAAUAAGCCAAAUUCCAUUUCUCUGCAGUUGGGCUCCAGCAGCUUCUGAGGAAUAAGCCUUGUACCCCUAAUUCCAGGAGCCCAAGGUAAUCUGCAGAUAAAGGUGUUCUUAAACAAAGCUUGGUGAUCCCAGGUGUUGGUCAGCCAUUUCUGGUUGCUUCGAGUUCCACAGCAGAAGCACUGUGUCUCAUCGGAAUUUCCAGCUAACUUCCAGAUGUCUUAAUCUUAUCUUAAUGUACAUGAAGCCAGGAGAUAGCAGCUACAGACAGAUAAACAGCUCAUAGUUUUGUUGUGAAAGGUUGAGAAGAAAUCAUGCCCUCACGCUUAGGUUUUAGAAUAAUAAUAAAUGAAUGUUGGGAACAUACAGAGUGGCACAUUCUGUUACAUUGUCACCUGAGAAGCUCUUGAUAGAACCCUGACAGGGAGGCUUUGGAGGAAAUGGGAAGAGUAAAGUUGUUGUGUAUUUGAAUUUAUUGCAUGCGUUGACCAAAGGAAAUUACAGUUAAACUACACACAACUUUGAGACCGAUAUGAGAAUAAUGGCCAAGGCUUCUGUUGCUUCAUUACGUUCUUUUACUGACUAUAUGAGUUAUGCUCGUCACUCCAAGGAAAAAAACACAAAGGCUGUGUAACAGGGGAACAAGCCUACUUUUUCACGUCCACAGUGUAAAAGACUUAGUUUUACGCCUAACUAUCCAAUGCACGUAAGCUUUUUCCCUUUAAAAUGCUAAUAGAGACUGGGCAAAGAAAGAUAUUACACUGAUGGAGUGAGAUGACAGAAGUGUUGGAUGAGCAGUGAUUUCAGCUACCAGAAUUACAGAAGUAAUUUGCUUGGAGGCAGACACAAACAUUUUAAUUGGUCAUCAUAAAUGAUAAUGAGGAGAAAACAUAGUGAAAUUAAGUGCAUCCUAAUAAAGUAAGGUAUGUUAAAUUGCACUGAAGGAAACUUCAGCGAUGCUUCUUGACAUGAUUAAUAUACUCAUGACAAUGUGUCUAAUGAAGGUUGUUUGCAUUUAUAUGCUGCCUGUUGCCUCCCUCAGUAGAGAAAUUAUGUGAACUGCGCUCAUUUACAUUGCAGAACAGUCAGCAUAAGGUUAGCUUACAGUAAGUCUCUUCCUUUACACUUGUUUUUCAGCAUUCACAUCAACCCCAAUACAGGUACAAUUUAUUUAACCUGGAUCUUGUAAAACACUGUAGGGUGGGUCCAGAUGACACCAUGAAAUCAUUUUGGGAUUUUCCAAGUUUUAUAUUCUUCUGUACUAGGUCUCCUGUCCUUUUUUAAUCUUAG